AUACACCGCCAUGUGGUCUGAUUGAUGUGUCAAAGCACAUCAUGAGCGCUCGACUUGUAAUUUUGCACACCGCAAACUGAACGACGCUGAAACAGCUUGGCAAGUGGCCUUUUACAUUUUAAUUUAAUCUUUUUAAAAAUGUUCACGCCUUGCUUUGCUGCCUUGUCUUUUGUCAUAUGAAACAAAGCGCUAUGCACACCUGCCAGAGAAGAUAAUAACGACCAGCAAACGGGGGGGUUGGCCACUGUUUAAUAGAAGAGCCAGUUUUAAAUGAUCGGACCGAUUUGGUGUGAGUUAUCAUCUGGAAUUCUUCAUCAAAACUGGGAUCUAUGAGCGGGAAAGCAUUACUAAAGACGAAAGAAGACAAGGAUGCAAGCAAGGAGCCUCAGCUCAAGGGGAUAGUCACCAAGCUCUACAGUCGACAAGGCUUUCAUCUACAACUCCAAGCUGAUGGGACCAUCGAUGGUACAAAAGAGGAAGAUAAUAGCUAUGCUAUUUUCAACCUCAUCCCCGUUGGGCUGCGAGUGGUGGCUAUACAGGGUGUCCAGACCAAACUCUACCUGGCCAUGAAUAAUGAAGGCUACCUGUACACCUCUGAGCACUUCACGCCAGAGUGCAAAUUCAAAGAGUCAGUGUUUGAGAACUAUUACGUGACCUACUCGUCAAUGAUCUAUCGGCAGCAGCAGUCGGGCCGAGGCUGGUACCUGGGACUCAACAAAGAGGGUCAAAUCAUGAAGGGCAAUCAUGUAAAGAAGACCAAGCCGGCUGCACACUUCAUCCCCAAACCUCUUAAAGUUGCCAUGUACAGAGAGCCGUCGCUGCACGACCUGACCGAGUUCUCCCGCUCCGGAAGUGGCACUCCAACCAAGAGCCGCAGCGCCUCGGCCAUGCUCAACGGUGGCAAGAUUCUGAGCCAGAAUGAGUCAACAUAACCGCAGGGCACAACUGCAGUCUGCUGCUGUACAGCUGCUGGACUCUACCAUCAACUAAACAGCACAAACGCGUUUACAAGAGUGCAGUGAAACCUUUAGCUGGUCGCUAGCUAGUGUUUCCUGAAAUCACUGUGAUGAGAACACAAGUGCAAACCUACAUUGUACAAUCUUCUGCAGGUCAACCUCGUGAGACAAACAAACCAAGCCAUCUUUCUGAUGUAGGGGUUUGCGUCCUUUUGCGGGGCGAUCCCCGUUUCCAUGUGUAGCAUACAGAGCUGUGGUUCCUGUGGCAUUGUCACAGAAUCUUCUAGAACACCUACUUUUGUGUUUUGCUCCAUUUCUUCUUAGGGAUGCCAACUCCAUAGUGCUAAGUCAACUACAACAUGACAAUAGCAGCUUGUGCGACCCAUCUAUCGGUAUAUAGAGAUGGUAUAACGGUUCUGGGACAUAUGAUAAAAGUAUUUCAGCUCAGCUUUUUUGAGGCAGCGGUUCAUUGUUGUGUGCUUUUUAGAUGAGGCGUUUUGCUCCUCGCUUCUCUUUUUCUGUCUUUUCAGCUUCCCCCCACACAUUGUUAUUCUGCAAAUUAAACAGAUUUAGGGUUCGGUCUGUCUGCACACCAAAGAUGUCAUUAGCCUCUUUGUAUGGAGGUAAGUCAAUUUGUGUAAUUUCAGCUCCCUCAGACAGAUGGUUGAGAAAACCGCAAGAGUGAAUGUCAUUUAGUCAGAGGAAAUGUAUUCAGGAUAGAAGAAGGCUACUCACUGUGGGUCCCUGCUUUUUGUCUGUUUAUGUCUUCCUUUAUGUCCCCUCUACUUUGGGAACCCAGAAUCUUGGAGAAGUGUCAAAUCAAAAAAUGUUUAAAUUAUUGAUUAAUGCCAACCCGUUACGUAAAAACAGGGCAGGCCUUUUCCCCCCUCUUUUUUGUAAACAAAAAUAUAAUGAAAACCAAGCAAGAGAAAGCUUCCAUUGCUUUUACAGGGCUAAAUCAACAUUAGUAAAUAAUUUGUGUGAAAAUUCAUUCUUAUGAUUCUACUUUAUAGUCCUCAGUGGUCAGGCAGCAGCCCGUUUAUAAUUUUGAUCAAAAUCUUCUUCUGUUGUAUGAUUGUAUGUAUGAAGCAUAUUUAAUGCAUGGGGGACAAUGGACGCUGCAUGUUAUGUGGCUAUGUAUAUUACCUACAAUAUGGAACCAUGUGCUCAAAUGGAUACUGGAGUAAAAUACAAAUGUGUAUAUAUAUAUGCAUUUUAUCCUGCUGCCUGCCUGUUUAUUAUUUGUUGUAAAUUUAAGAAGCUGCACUGAAUAAAAUGUUUUGUAUGGUCAGAGCACUCAUGAUGUUUGAUUAUGCGGUGUUAAGUGACUUUUGCUUUCAAUGCACUUGAUAACUCUUCAUCAAAACAAGAGUCAUUGUAUAUUGUAUGUGA